AACCGCAGAGAGGACAUGCCGUCUGCAGAAAUGAAAGGCUUGCCGACAUAUAGGGGUUUCAGAGUUGAGUUUUUAGCAAAAUACAGGAGGAAAUGUGUCCCGGGAGAAAACGGGAGACCCCCGGCAAACAAGGGAGAGUUGAGACAGAAGCUGUACGCAAAAAACUUUGAGUUUGCUCCGGGGCAGCUGCUGAAAAUCAAAGGCGUCGUGGAACCAGAAGCCAAAAGUUUCGUGUUCAAUAUCGGCCGGUCGGACAACGAGUUCUCUCUCCAUUUCAACCCUCGCUUCGACGAGCAUGGAGACACCAACACCAUCGUGUGCAACUCCAGAGUGGGCGGGGUCUGGGGGGAGGAGCAACGAGACCACGCCUUCCCCUUCAAACACGGAGAGGACGUGAAGGUGUUUAUCUAUUACAAGCCUGACUUCUUCGAGGUGAAAGUCUCCGAUGAUUUCCUGGUCAAGUUUCCGAACCGCUGUGAUGACCAGAAGCUGGCCUUCCUGGGAGUGGACGGAGGAUUCAAAGUCGUCUCCUUCAAAGUCCAGUAAAAACUGGGACCAAACCAGUGCUAUGCAAGCAACAGCAUCUACAGCUACAUCCAAAGGAUUUGCAUCACCCUCUAUGUAGAAUGACCUUGCUGGCUAGGACUACGGCUCCCAGCAUGCCUCUGCACCCGCGGCAAUGGUGAGGCAUGCUGGGAGCUGUAGUUCUUUAUGCUGUGGUCUCGUAUCACAAGCGAUACAGACCUCUAUUACGAUACAUCAUGUACAGCUGUGGGCAAAAGUUUAGCAGCAUCACCCUCUAUGUAGAAUUAAUUAAUUUUUGUAAUUUUUUUUUUUUUUUUAAAUAUAUGAUAAACUAAACGAUGUUCAAAUAUUUGUUGCAAAUCUUCUGGGAAUAAUCAUAAAAAUAACACAAGCCAAAAUCAUUCAAGAAAAAAAUAAAUGAGAAAAAAUCUU